AUGGCCCGCGUGUGGACCUCUGCCUUCUUUGUGAUGAUGGCGAUCUCCGCAGCAAUGGCGCUUAUGGCCUCUGCCGACGAGAUGAUGUGCAAUUACCUUAAGGAACAAAAUAGUGAAACCAUGGUAACGGAAUUUAUUAUGGACUGUCAGAGAUUGCAGUUGGGAGAAGUGCCAGUUUUUAAUUCUAAGAGGAAAGUGGACAAACUUCUGCUGGGUGGUAACCAAAUUACUCGGGUGCUUGAUGACGCAUUCAAGCACAUCUCUCCGUCAGUUAUAGACCUACACGGGAACAUAAUCACCACAAUGGAGGAUAAUGCUUUCAGAGGGCUAGAGACUAAAUUAAAAAGUCUAAACCUCAGCGUGAAUCCAUUACCGUUCUACAAACUCGAGAGUGCUUUUAAACUCUCAGAACUGGAGAUCCUCGAUCUACAUGACACCAACUUACGUGAAAAACUUACCCUAAAGAAAGCUGCCUUUAGAGGAUUGGAUAAAUUGCGACACCUCGUACUAGGAGGUAACGGAAUCCGAACCCUCAAUAGGACAUUCUCUGGGUUGAAUGAGUUGCGAAUUCUCGACCUGCAAAACAACAAGUUGUCAUCUCUGGGACAUUCCCUUGGAGGACUGAAAAAACUAGAAAAGCUUGAUAUAUCGUCUAACAACUUGAGACAUUUUCCAAAAGAUGAUCUGAAAGAUUUGGAAAACCUUGUCGAUCUCAGUCUCCAUGGAAACCGAAUUAAGAAAAUCCAAGAUGGCGCUUUUGACAAGGCGAAUAAGAUUGAACGCCUCUGCCUAAGCCAGAACCCAAUCAAAACAUUUGAGCUUCUAAAUGCACCAGCUUUCAAACCAAUCGGAAACAGUUUGAAGCAUUUAGAUCUGAAAAAGACAAAUUUGCCUUCUGCUCCGGUAAAUUUGUUUAAGGAAACAAGAUCUCUAGAAUCGCUUGACAUCAGCUCGAACAAAUUCAAAGACAUUCCCAACGGCGCUUUCUCCUCCCUCAACUCGCUGAAGGUGCUGAAGUUAGGGUCAAACCCACUGACCUUGAACCCUGGGCUCGUGACCGGGCUGGAGAAUAGCAUAAAAGAGAUUUACUUGGAUGAUAUGGACUUGACGAAAAUACCAUCGGCUGUUGUGCAAAAGUUACAAAAUCUUGAGAAGCUGGAUUUAUCAUCAAACGAUAUCACGGAGAUCACAGCAGAAUGCUUGGCCGGCAUCGGCACCUGGAAAUAUUCCUUCGAGAAAAACAAGAUUGAGCAGAUCUCUCCGCAAGCUUUCGAAAGCGCCAAGAAACCAGUGGAGGUAGAUUUGGUUGACAACAAGCUGAGAGAUCUUGAUUUCGCCGCCAACGGCUGUCGCUUUGCUUUCAUCGACGUCACCGACAACCCUAUCACAUGCGGAUGUUCAGUGCGGGAACUACUUCGCCAUGCGGAUUUAGAAAUCAUCGGCACAUGCACGUCACCAGCGGAAUACCGGAACUUAGACAUCAUGAGUCCAGAGUUCCGCGAGGAGACGGACGCCAAGUGCAACCGAACUAAGACGGAGAUUGUAUAUUGUAAUCUAGCGGGUAGUGACGGAGCAACAGGCGGCGCAGUAGGGGAGAGUCGAACCACGCCUCUGUACUUGUCAUUGUUAAUAUCUGUACUGAUUCAGACGAUCGGGGUGUUGUUGCACGAGCUGUAA